AUGUUGUCCGCCAUUUUCGCUGUCACUGUAUCAUGCACCAUCAUUAGUUUUACUCCUAUUAUGAUUUCUUCUUCUACGGCUAUCGUGAUACCAGGCUGUCCCCAGAGCUUGGGCAGUUUCUCAUUCUUCAUGCCGUUUGUCCUCUUGUUUGUGUUCCAACUUGUACUGAUAUCCCUCACACUCGUGCGUGUCAUACAGAGUUGGCAGUUGGUCAAGGGCCCUCUGUACGCCAUCUUAGUGAAGCAUAACAUAUUCUACUAUGCAUGCGGUCUGCUUCUCUCGGCUAUCAAUGUCCUUGUGCCGCUGCUGCCGCUUUCUGAUUCCCUAACUGACCUCGUCCCUGAAGAUUUUGAGGUCUUUAUCCUUGCGAUUCUCGCUACGCGCAUGCACCUCCAUCUCUGGCAUAUAGAUCAGCACGUGGAUGAUUCUGACACCGUCGUGUGGAUAUCUAUGUCGGACAUGUCACCUGCAGACCGUGCGGUGUAA